UCCGCUCGGCUCUGUUUGCUCAGGGCGGGCGGUUCCUGUGUGAAGAAUUAGGAAGGAGCGCGGACCUUCGCUCCUCGUCCGCCGCGUUGUAUGACGCCCGUUAUUUACGAAUAAUUAAAGAAAAAAAAGAAAAAAAAAAUAAUAGAAAACGUUGUUCAGUCCAGAGUUUAAGAGGGAGUCAAAGUGACGGGUGACAAUGUGCGCGCAGCGGAGCGCAGCGGCGGUGUGGCGCGCGCUCACGGAAGGCCACCUAUAACCGCGCCUGCAGCGACACCUGACGACCAGGAACGCGGAGCAGCGGGACCGAUCGGUCGCUUCGGACUGUGAUUUGUCUUCUUUUAUAUAUUAUAUAUAAAACCCGGCGCGUUUAUUUCCCUCUUAGUUCUUCCUCCGAGUGCGCAAACAUGAGCGAAGAGGCGUCGGAGCUUCCGAAGGAGCUCCUGGAAAGUAUAAAGGAUGCCGUGGGCAGGAAGAUCAAGCUGACGACGAAGAAGAAGGUGAAGCUGGAAACCAAGGGAGAUCGGCUGGAAAACAAAGUCCUGGCUCUGUCAUUCCAGCGUGCCUACCUUCUCACCGCCCGGCUCCCUUCCAAGGUGGAGCAAAGCUUCAAUUAUUUGGAGAUACAAGGCAUUUGCAGCAACAAGUCUACGCAGCUGGUGGUGGAACUGGACCGGGGCCUGCUCUCGCUGAAGCUGCCGUCCUGCGAGGAUGUGGACGACGUGGUGGGCCACAUCGGGAGCUGUCUGCAGGGGGUUUGCCCCGGCCUGUCCCCCUUGAAAAUGUUGAAGAAGCUGUCGUUGGAGCCUCCGGAACGGAUUACUCGCCUGCAAGCACUGUGGGACAACGCCGUGGAGCCAGGGCCAUGUGGGGGCUUCUCCCUGACCUACAGGUGCGUCUGUGACUGGCUGGGUCUGCCAUACAGGGAGGAAGUGCAGUGGGACGUGGACACAAUUUACUUGACGCAGGACACCAAGGAGCUCAAUCUGCAGGAUUUCAUUCACCUUGAAAACAGGGACCUGGUGGCCAUCCUCGCCGUUCUCGAAUACAACCAGUGGUUCACAAAGCUCUCCGUGAAGGACUUCAAACUGGCUGCGGAUGUGUGCGAGCAGAUACUGCGUGUGGUGGCCAGGUCGACUCGACUGGAGGAGCUGGUCCUGGACAACGCUGGCCUCAAAGCCGAUUUUGCACAGAAGCUGGCCAGCGCCCUGGCGUUUAACCCCAGCUUGGCCCUGCACACUGUCAACCUGGCCAGCAACGCUCUGGAAGACAGGGGAAUGGCCUUUCUGAGCGCACACUUUGCCAAACUACGAACCGGGCUGAAGUAUCUGAAUUUCUCCAGGACUUCUCUGUCACCCAAAGGGGUGAACAACCUGGCCCAGGCACUGCUCACCAAUAAGCUGAUCCCCAGCACGCUCACACACCUCGACCUCUCUGGAAACAGCCUCCGUGGGGAUGAUCUCCCGAACCUGUACACUUUCCUGGCACAGCCAAACAGCCUGAAAACCCUGGAUCUCUCCAACACUGACUGCUCACUGGACCAGGUGUGUUCUUCAUUACUGCGGGGGUCUGUUCAGAACCUUUCGGUUCUAAAUUUAUCGAAAGGUGUCUUCCCUCACAGGAAAGGCAAAGACAUCCCGCCAUCCUUCAAGCAGUUCUUCAGCAGUGCCUUAGCCCUGAGCAGUAUCAGUGUGUCGGGAACCAAGCUCCCCCCAGAGGCGCUGAAGGCACUUUUGCUAGGUCUUGCCUGUAAUCCGAAUCUAAAGGAUGUCUCACUGGACCUCAGCUGCUGUGAGCUCCGGUCCGCAGGUUCUCAGAUACUUGAGGGCUGCAUUGCCGAGAUCCCCAAUAUUUCUAGCUUGGAUAUUUCAGACAACGGUCUGGACUCGGACAUGACCACCCUUCUGGUUUGGCUUGCUAAGAAUCGGUCCAUCCGUCAUCUCUCUCUCGGGAAGAACUUCAACAGCAUCAAAUCAAAAAACUUGGCACCUAUCCUGGAUAACUUGGUGCACAUGAUACAGGAGGAGGAGUCGCCCUUGACAUCCCUGUCACUGGCUGACUCCAAGCUAAAGGGCGAACUGACCAUCGUCCUUAACGCACUGGGCAGCAAUACUUCACUCACCAAGGUGGACAUCAGUGGCAACGGGAUGGGGGAUAUGGGGGCCAAGAUGCUAGCCAAGGCCUUGCAGAUCAAUACCAAACUUAGGACUGUUAUUUGGGAUAAGAACAACGUCAGUCCUCAAGGCCUGCAGGAUGUGGCAGCAGCCUUGGAGAAGAACUUUACAAUCCGAUUCAUGCCCGUUCCCAUCAUCGACGCCUCCCAGGCCCUCAAAGCGAGCCCAGAGAAGACAGAAGAUGCACUACUGAAGAUGGAGAGCUACUUGUUCCGAAAUCAUGAGACCAGAAAGUACCUCCAAGGACAUGCUUACAGGCUCCAGCAAGGAAUCGUCACGACGACCACACAGCAGGUUAUCGACAGGGUCUGCGUCAAAGUUCAGGACCAUCUUAACUCUCUGAGGUACACGGAGACAGAUGCUGUUCAAGAGGACAUGAAGACGGCAGAGAACUUCAUAAAGGAUGCUAGGAAUUCCAAAAGACUCCUACCGAACCUCUACCAUCUGGGUGCCACCUCCCGCGAGGACAUCAAUGGCUCCUUUGCCGGACCCAUUCAGGCAAAGCUGGAGUCCAUGGUUGAAGAAGUGGCCAGUGUGAUGGACAAGCAGCUGCAGACCAUGCUCGAGUCGAUGGUGAAUGCCGCCGAAGGGCUCUGUCCCCGUGUGAUGAAGAAGGUCAACCUGCGGCAAGAGCUCCUCAAGGCCAGCGCUAGCAGGAUGGUGGUCCCCCGCAGCUUCGUCAGGACCACACUGCUGGAACAGUCAGGCAUCGACAUCCUCAACAAGAUCAGCGACGUGAAGCUCAGCAUAGCCUCCUUCCUCUCGGACCGCAUCGUCGAUGAGAUCCUGGAGUCUCUGUCGAGAUGUCAGCACACCCUGGCAGAACACCUGUCCCGGAAAGGGCAACCCUUGCAUCAGGAGUCCUUGGAGGAGGAGAUCCCGGAGGAGCGGGUCCCAACAGCAGCCAACGAGGAGCCCAUGGAGAUGGAGCGUCUGGAUGAAUUGGGCACCUGCAUGAUGACUCCCAAGUCCAAGAGGAGAAGCAUUCAUAGCCGAAUGCUGCGGCCGGUGUCCAGGGCCUUCGAGAUGGAGUUUGACCUGGACAAGGCUUUGGAAGAUGUUCCUAUUCAUAUCGAGGACUCGCCUCCACCUGCGACUCCCAGAGUAGAAACGCCACCUUUGGAGGUGCUGGAAGACCUGCCUUCAGAAGAAACCAUUAAGCUGCAGCACUACACCAAGCUCCGGCCCAAGAGGAACAAGAAGCUGAAGUCCAACAAUGUCCCUGCAACGAGUGGCGGUCAGCUGCAGGAGGAAGAGCCGACUGGUGUCGCAGUAAAGGUGGACGAAGGGGUGGAUGAAUUCUUCUCUAGAAACCUUGCUAAGUUGGGAUCAAAAAGGUACUCUGCAAAGAGCUCUGCCUGCCAGGAUCAGGAGAAGAAGCGUGACUCCCGCAAGAGUGGCUUCCUCAACAUGAUCAUGUCACGGUCCUCCAAGCACGAGAAAGGCCAAGCACAGGCUGUCAGUCCUGCUGGCACAGCCACUGCUGUGGCACUGGCUCCCACGGUGGUUGAGGAGGCACUGUCCCCCAAGAAUGGUUCAGCCAGGGCCCCUUUGGCGGACCAGAGCCGAGGCCCGGAACGGAUGGAUGAACUUAAGGCCCCUGAAUCUGCAGAGAACCGCUCGGAGGGUGACAGCAGGGCCAGUCCCAUGGGGCCGCACAAGGGUCGGAUACAGGUGCUGGGCACCGGCCUCCUUGCUGAGAUCAAGGCCAAGCAGGAGAAGAGGGCUGCGGGAAACCAGAAGGCGCUCAGCUCUUCCGGCGGCGCCGACAAGCCUGCUGGGACGGAGCCAGGACACUUUGCGCCACCUGAGAGUCGAACCUCUGGGGUGACCAGAAUGGAGGGGGUUGCCAGCCCUUCAGAGAAGACCACCCAGAGUGAGAGUAAGCCGGAAGCUGCCCCCAGGAGCCGCAACCCUUCGUCUAUCCCCUCCCCCGUCAGCCCCAAGCCCCCCCCUCUGGGCAGCAAACCUUCCGUCUCCACUCGCCCCUCUCUGGCUCUGAAGCCUCGAACCAGCAGCAGUCAGAGCACCGAUGAACCACCGGAAUCUCCAAGCGGCAACACAUCUCCGAAGGCAUCGCUGCUGCUCCACGGAGCCAAACGAGCAUCCUCGGACAGCGAGAAGGAGUCUCAGAGCAGCCCUGCUCCACGGGGCGUUGGGGGCAGGACGCUGCCUUCCCAGGGUGUGCCGGAAGAGAACGCCGCGGACUCCGAGGUCGUGAGGCCUACGGCGCCGGCAAAGCUCGGACCCCCGCGGCAGUGCUCCACCAGCGCUGUGGAGGACGCCAGCGAGCAGGAGCGCAAGAAGUCCCUCCCCCGACCUGAGAGAGCGGCCUCCGAGGCAGAUGCGUCGCUGCACCACGCUGAAGGAGCCCAUGACUCUGAGGGCAGCGAGCAGGACAAGAGCCCAGAGAGCGACUCCAGCCACCAGAGGGAGGAAGCCGAGAAAGACACAAUUUUUACCUGAAAGGGAAAGAGCUCAGGUCUCCCGUCCACCUCCGAACGUUUUUCCGGAGGCACCCGGAAGGGAAAUCCGGAAACUUCCGCCUGGUCCGAGGCCCUGCACGCUCACUGGAUUGCUGGCAUUGUCUGGAUGGAGCUUUAAUGAUAUAUUUCACACACACACACACACACACACACACACACACACACACACACACACAUAUAUCUAUAUGUAUAUUCAGGAAAGCAUUGCUUCAGUCUUGUCUGCCAGCAAAGAAAGGGGAACAAACAUUAUUAAGCACUGGUUAAUUUCUUUAGUCAUUAAUAAUUAUAAUGAUGUUUUAUGAAUAGAACUGACCUGGAUGCCUUCUCUUCAUCCCCCGUUUUCACAAAUUAUUGACAUUCCCUGAUCACACGGCUGGAGGAGGACAGUCGCCGGUUUCUUCGCAUCGAGCCGAACCAACGUAAACCACGCAUGGAGAAUGUGACAUUUUUUAAAAAAAAACGAGCUCAUUCUACCAUAAUUGUUUUAUUGUGAUGCCUUUCCCCAGUGUCACACGCACAGUAAACUGGGUACAUAAAGCUGUGAAAACUUGAUACCUUCAUCUUUUCGUUUUUCACGCAGUCCAUUGAGACUCCUCUUUUUCCGAGCCUUCUCUGCAGUCUAGUCCCCAAUUAACGACAAUCCAAGUGGGUCAAUAAAAAACCUUAAUGUGAAAAUAUUAAUAGAAACGGAAAUUAAUUUUGUCCAGCUCACACAAUUGUGGACUACUGUAAAAUUCUGCAAUUUUCUUUCUUUAAUGGCUGAAAUAAAUUUUCUCUCCCAGCAUUAUUGCUGUAUGAAAUAAUUACACUUGCAUUCACCUCAUAAAAUUGCGGAAAAAUUCCUGGCAAAAAGAUAUUUUUUCCUUAAAUAGUAGGAAAAAUGUAUGCUGCUGCAUUUUCAUUUAAAAUCUGUGUUUAGUCUGAUCUGAGUUCCUGUAUUUGGGCAACUGUUUUUUACCAUAUUCAUAUGAUUUAAAUCAAGUCAGCGGAGAAGUUGUUCUAUAAUUUAGUACAAGUUUAAAUGUAUUUUUAUACUACACAUAUACA